AUGCCCACGCCGGCACCCCUCUCGCUUGAAGCUGAAACUAUUAUUCCUGAGAAGUCUUCAGAAGGGGUCCGUGUCCAUUCACCGUCACAAGACGAGGAAAGUAUGCUCCCCCCAGAAAUAUUGGCAGCUCUUGGGGAAGCAAAAACUUCCGAAGAAAUUUUUGGGCAGAAGAUCUCUACGGAAGUCUCUGAACGUCGGGGUAAAAUCCUAACGGAAGGGUUGACGAAGGAACAGAAGGAGAACCUGCUUACUAAAACACUGAUCCCCGAAAAUUUUCAGCUUGCUAAAGCGCCGUGA